AUGAAGGUGCUCCCCACGUCUGGAUUUGCUGUGCUCCUCAUCAUGGCUUUGAAGCUUUCCACUGCAGCCCCCUCUCUAUUUGCAGCCACCCCCAGGACCUCAAGGAACAACUACCACCUUGCACAGGAAUAUCUUGACAGGUACUACACAAAGAAAGAAGAAUACCAAAUUGGUGAGAUGGUUGCAAGAGGACACAAUUCUAUGAUAAAGAAAAUAAAGGAAUUACAAGCAUUCUUUGGCCUCCAGAUCACUGGGAAAUUAGACCGAACCACAAUGGAUGUGAUCAAGAAGCCUCGCUGUGGAGUUCCUGAUGUGGCAAACUAUCGCCUCUUUCCUGGUGAACCCAAAUGGAAAAAAAAUACUUUGACAUACAGAAUAUCCAAGUACACAUCUUCCAUGACAUCUGCUGAAGUGGACAAAGCAGUAGAGAUGGCCUUGCAGGCUUGGAGCAGUGCUGUCCCUCUGAACUUUGUCAAAAUAAACUCAGGAGAAGCAGAUAUCAUGAUAUCUUUUGAAACUGGAGAUCAUGGGGACUCCUACCCAUUCGAUGGGCCUCGAGGGACACUAGCCCAUGCAUUUGCACCUGGAGAAGGCCUGGGAGGAGAUACUCAUUUCGACAAUGCUGAGAAGUGGACUAUGGGAAUGAAUGGUUUCAAUUUAUUCACUGUGGCUGCUCAUGAAUUUGGCCAUGCACUGGGCCUGGCCCAUUCCACAGACCCAUCUGCACUGAUGUAUCCAACAUAUAAGUAUCAGCAUCCCUAUGGAUUCCACCUCCCCAAGGAUGAUGUGAAAGGGAUCCAGGCACUGUAUGGACCUCGGAAAACAUUCCCAGGAAAACCCACUAUUCCGUUCUCUCCCCCUCAUAAUCCAUCCAUACCUGACCUCUGUGACACCAGUUCGUCCUUUGAUGCAGUGACAAUGCUUGGAAAGGAGCUCUUGUUCUUCAGGGACCGGAUUUUCUGGCGCCGGCAGGUGCACUUGCCAGGCGGGAUUCGACCCAGCACCAUCACCAGCUCCUUCCCCCAGCUUAUGUCCAACGUGGAUGCAGCUUAUGAAGUGGCUGAGAGGGGCACUGCCUACUUCUUCAAAGGCCCCCACUAUUGGAUAACAAGAGGAUUCCGAAUGCAAGGUCCUCCUCGCACUAUUUAUGACUUUGGGUUCCCAAGGUAUGUGCAGCGAAUUGAUGCUGCUGUCUAUCUCAAGGAUGCUCAGAAGACCCUUUUCUUUGUGGGAGAUGAGUACUACAGCUAUGAUGAACGAAAGGGGAAAAUGGAAAAAGACUAUCCAAAGAAUACUGAAGAAGAAUUUUCAGGAGUAAAUGGCCAAAUAGAUGCAGCUGUGGAAUUAAAUGGCUACAUUUACUUCUUUUCAGGACCAAAAGCUUACAAGUAUGAUACAGAGAAAGAAGAUGUGGUUAGUGUGGUGAAAUCCAGUUCCUGGAUUGGUUGCUAAAUUGAAAAUGCUAGUCUUUCCUAAGGAAUAAAAAUGAUGGAGAACAUCUGACAACUGGAUCUCAAGGACAAAAGGACAAUCAAAUUCUGUGUAGCUGCAGAAAAAGCUAACCUUGAAAGGAUGCCAUGAAUAUGCAGGCCCAGAAAAAAAUAACAACAGAAAUGAGCUAUUCCCUGCUUCUGACAAUAAGACGUCCUCAGUGAAACUAUAUUAUAUUCAGCUAACUGACUUUCUUAAUAGUUUUCACUUAUCUCAAGCUAAACUUCUUUUUUCCUUUGCCCUAUCAUUAGUAUGGAUAAAAUAUAGCUGUCUGGUUUUCUUUUUAAUCUCCUCCUUUAGAAUGUAAGGUUCUUGACAUUGUAGUGGCUCUAACAUUAAGAUGAUCAAAUACAUUUUAAAUACUUCAUAGACUGCCUGGAACAUCUCCAGCAUCCAACAGACUUCCACUAUUAUUGUUAGCAUUGUUUAUUAGCUUUUGUAAAACACUCACUAAAAAGACUUUGUGUUAAGAAGAGAAAAGAUCAUUGCUCAAGAUCAAACCUUUCCAUUCAGUUGACAUUAUGGAAAAUGAGGAUUUUACAGCCAGUUAAGUGUUGAAUCUUGAACUGUUGGAGACAAAGUCUAGUAAUCCUACUUCGAAUUUGUCAGCUGCCUUUAUAAAGUGAGGAGAGUCACCUUUACUAGAAUAGCCAGCUAAGAGCUUCCUAAUAUCAAUAAGCAAGGAAGAGAAACAGCCUGGCGGGUCUUCAGUAAACUAACCAUAGAGUUAGAUAAUAUGAUCCAGCAAUCCUGCUCCUACAUACAUACCCAGGAAGAAUGAAAAAUACGGAACUGGGUGGUGGUGCACCUGGUUGAGUGCACAUGUUACAAUGUGCAAGGCCCCAGGUUCAAGCCCCCGUGCCCCACCUGCAGGAGGAAAGCUAUGUGAGUGGUGAAGCACUGUUGCAGGUGUCUCGCUGUCUCUCUCCCUCUCCAUCUCUCCCUCCUCUCUCGAUAUCUGGCUGUCUCUAUCCAAUAAAUAAAGAUAAUAAAAAAAUUAAAGAAUGAGAACAUAAAUCCACACAAAAGUAUUUCCUCAGAUGUUCAUAGUAGCCCUACUUAUAAUCACCAAAAGUGGACACACAUCUGUCAAAUGACAAGUGGGUUUUUAAUGUGGUAAGCUCACACAAUUGAAUAUAUUGAAGGAAGCUUCAGUGCUAUGUUGUCUGUCUGUCUCUCUCUCUCUCUCCCUCCCUCCUUUCACCCUCCCUCUCUUUCUCUCUCUGCCUCUCUAUUACAUUUUCUGUAACUGAGAACCAAGCUUUUUUGUUUUUUUCCACCUGAUAUGAAGAAUCAGGAAUACAUAAAUAAAAUUAUCUAUUAAAAUUCCAUUUGAGAGGAAAUGAAUAGUGCUAGUCAGUGGCACAUGAUUACAAUUACCCGGGGGUCUUUUGAGACUUGGUAACUAAAACAGAGUCAGGGCCAGUUGAAAACCAGGUCCCAUGCACUCCAGACUCUUUCAGAUGACCAGGAGAAGCUGAACCAAAACCAGCCUGCCACCACCACCCAGGAUUAAAAUUGAGUGGACCAGUCACCCACCACUUGAGGAUCUCCUGUCAAUCAGAACUGCAUGGACUGACAACCUCAUUUGUAUAAAGGAGACCCGAUUGUGAACUAGUCCACCAUUUCUUGGGGUUUUCUUGUGUCUGCGUUCUCCUGACUGAAGUACUAAGCCUAGAAUAAAUGGUUUUCUUUGCUGUUAUUUGACCAGGCUUCGGUUUCUGUAUCUACAAUAAGAAGGUUUAAAUCAAAUGAUUUUCUGCGUUCUCCUCUAUAGACCGAAGGAAAAGGAAGAAACGUCGUCUUCAUUUCCUCUGCCAAGACUGUCCCAUUCCCGUCCUAAAGUGGCUUGUCAAUAGGACUAGACUAAUGUGCACCCUGAUAGCCUCAAAAUGCCACAAUCAAAAUGAUAGCCUAAUUCCCACCACACAGACUUUUGGAAGUAAAGUAGGAACAAAAUUGAUAAAAAAAAAAAAAAGUAGGAACUAAAUAAAUUAUAAUUGGAAACAGUGACUGACUGUUGUGCCUCUGUGUUCCCCAUUCCAGAUCCUAUAGUCGGGUCAGUGGUGAUGCUACUCCUUGCCUCGCAAGGCUCUGUGGGCUCUCUCCAGCUGCCUUCUUUUCUUCCAACCUUGUCUUGUGGUUGUCAGUA